ACACAGUGCAUUUAAGGUGGCAUGUCACCAAAUAAGUUGUUCCUGAAAGAUCAGACAGAGGCUGAAAACCAGGACUACAAGUUUUAUUAGAGGAGAAGGACCUACUGGGCUGUCUGGCAAGGGGAGGACAGCAGCACAUGCAGGGGUCCCUUGGAACAUAUCCUGUGCAGAUGUUUCUUCCCUGCAAUGACUGUGUCAAGCAACAAGAAUGCACUGGCUUCCUGCAGAUUACGUCAUACUCCGCCCACCAGUUGCGGGGAGGGAGGAUAUGCUCUGCUUCUGGAAGUCUGAUCUGUCCUAUGGGACAGCCUGGCAGAGACAGUGAAUAUAGAAAUCCUGCCUGAUUCUAGUCUCCACUCGGCUGAGAAGGACUUGAGAGGUAAGACCGUGAUUCAGAGCUCAGCCCCAGACCUGGUCUGGAGGAGGCGAGGGCCUCAUCUGCUGCUUGUUACAGGAUAUUGCCCUGGAACUUGAGUCGGGGACCAGCUGGUGGGAAGCAAACACGACCAGCGGAGUCAUACUUCUCUGUUCUCUGGAUUUUGUCUGACCUCAGGCGGUCUGGAGAUUGGAAGGAGCACUACCCAUUGGAGCCUUUCUCUAUAAGACAAGACAAUAUACAACUGCAACAUGCCCUCCAUGUUUGAGAGAACUACCAAGAAAUUGGUCAAAGAGAUCGGAGACGGAGAGCUCAGACCUGUCAAAUGCUUGGAGAGGGCCACCAAGAUACGCCGGUUUUCUCUAAUACGGAGAAAGAAGGCUCGCUCUCUGUUUUGGCAACUACCUGAUGAACCACUUGACGUCUCCCUCAUGCACAUCCUCGAACCAGGUUCUUCAGUCCCAGAUGCUGCUGUGGAAGUGUCUGCCGUCUUCAGUGACACUGUGGUCACGAAGCAGCAGGCGGCUGGGAGUGUGAAUGUUGGGGCAGAAGUGGGCUUCUCGGGGGAGACUGCUUCAUGCCGAGGGUCCUCCCUCGAGUACCAGAUUGUUAGCACCCCACAUGAAACCUGGGACAAGCUUCAGAAGAGGAAACUGCCAGACCCAGAACCGUACUUUCUGAAGCAGUGCCGGGAAGCAGAGGUGAAUCUGUAUGUUGUGACCGACACCGUGGAGCUGCUCAACAGCCCUGUGCUGCAGGAUCUCAGCAGCAAAAAGAUCUUGGGGAAAUUCUCCCUCCCUCUGGAUAUUUUGGUCAAGGGUAAAGGACAGGCAGAGGGUCUCAAAGUGAGAGAGAAGAAGCUGACUGUGCCGAAGGGCUCGGUGGUGGCCUAUAAGAGGAAGCAGCUGAUUUUCUACAGGAGAGGCUGGGUCAUUCACCACAUCGCAGAUGAAGACAAGCAAGAAACCUUUCCAGCAGGCUUGAGAGGCAUGGCAGCUGAUGAGCAAGUCAUUUCAGUAGGUGAGUUGGGCAGGUUCUCUGCUGGGAUCUCAGGCCCUGCUGAGCCCUUGACCCUCUUUGACCCAUAAACACCCUCGUGGGGCUCAGCCCCAACAGAGGAAGGUUUCCUCAGGGAAACCUUCCCCAGCCAGGCUCCUCCACCACCUACUCAUCUCACUGCUAUGACCCACACAGGCCCCUGGCCUCAGGGCAAGCCUGUCUCUUCUGAGUACUGGGGUGGGGAGAGAGAGAGAGAGAGAGAGAGAGAGAGAGAGAGAGAGAGAGAGAGAGAGUUGGGGGAGCAGAGACUGAGCUGUUGUGAGUGACCACUUCUGUUCCUCUUACCAACAGUAAGCAUAUGUCCACCCCAGUCCUUAAGUGGACAGAUAGUAUAUAGUGGGAUGUGGUCCCUCCACAAGGCCCCUUUUUACUACUGAAACCCCACGUGGUUACCUCUGCCAUCUUCAUCUGAGCCACUGGGCUCUGGUUCCCUAGACAAAGGGCAGGGUGGAUGGAAAAGAGGCGAGUAGGGGCAGAAUGUAGACAAACUGUAAGUCUUCAGAGCCUAACCUUUGGGUGGUAAUUGGAUUUCUCUUCU